AUGGCCAGGCUAGUGCUGGAAAGUUGGUCUUACACUGGCACAAUCAACAGAGCUAUCGACCUGAACCUUGCCUACCAAGCGCUUCGCACAAGGCUCGGAUCAAGUCGGCCAGAGUCAGUAGGGCAAACGAGCACGCAGGACCGAGAGCCAACGCCCACGAAAAAUAGGGGUGGAGGUCGGAGGUCACGCGACCAACAUCAAACACAGUUUCAACGUCGCAACCGCGAGACAAAGAACGACCCAAGCGAACAGCAACGAGUGAUCAGUCCACCGGGUGACGUGGAGGAGGCCAGCAAGCAUAGUGACUCGCCUGCAACUACGCUGACCGCAGAGGGGACGAAGGUCACGCCAGUCCACCAGCAGCCAACCUCCGGGACAUCAAAUGUGGUCGGCAACGAACUGACAGGUCAAGGUUCAUACGUCCAACACCGAUAUAAUUUAAGGCAGAUGGCAAGGCGGACUAAUUCAGGACCACCGGACUCAACUACCUCAAAACUCUGA